GUUCACAACGAUGAUUUCGCUUCUAGUGGAUCUCCAGCAUAGGCUGUGAGUAUAGUGACUGCAUGGAGAGUGUACGAUGUACUUGCACAAAGGCAUCGUGAAAUAUCUACAUGUAUGUGUGAAAGCCAGUGGUGAUUGAGGUUAGCAUGAUACGACGUAUUCCAAGCAUGGAGGAAAUGUUAGCAUGCAGCGCACAGAUUCCAGGCAAUCGUUCAGCCUUCAGGAAACUCGCUCAGCACAGGAUGUCCAGUCCGGAGGACUGUGACCAUCAGGAACUCUUGCCGGACAACCAUCCGGAAGUCACACCGGACUUUAAACGUAACGGUAGCUCCGUACUCACGCGAGAGGACCGAAGACGACUCGAUCUCCCAGAUCCAUCCGGAUUCAACUCCGGCGAGAGACAGCAGUAUGCUUUGAAUUUUAGAAAAUCCGGCGUCGAUACAAAAAGCAAGUUCGUUCUUAGUGUGGAUACGUUAAUUCGCCGUAAAGAACGGCAUAUCCCUUGUGAGGACUCGAGUAACAUUGCUUCGCCCUUUUCUCUCCGGCCUGCUGGGGCAGAUGGGGAAUCUGGGCGACCGAGAGAGGAUGGUUCCCCGCUAUCAGACAGAUCUACGGAUGACUCUUCCUCCAGCCCGACUCCAAGCGGGCAUCCCACGGAGUCACCUGUCACGCUAUCCUCGUUUAGCGUGACAGAUAUCCUCAGCAAGCCGUCCAGCAUCCGGCGCCCCCUCCCUAGUUCUCCACCCAGACAGGCUAAGUGGGGACCCAUGGGUAACCCGUGGAUCCCUGUCACUUCUUUUCACACCGCACCAAAUAUUGGUGGAUCUGCGCGGGUUGUGACGCCUUCAAAGUGCACACUACGGAAACACAAAACCAACAGAAAGCCAAGGACUCCUUUCACCACCUCACAACUCUUAGCGCUUGAGAGAAAGUUUCGCCAAAAACAAUACCUUUCCAUAGCCGAAAGAGCCGAGUUUUCGGCCUCUUUGAACUUGACAGAAACUCAGGUAAAGAUCUGGUUCCAGAAUCGCCGCGCAAAAGCGAAACGUUUACAAGAAGCGGAACUUGAAAAACUGCGCAUGACGUCAAAACCGAUGCUGCCUGCGCACUUGGGGUUUGGUUUUCCGGCCGCAUCCGUGUACGGCGCGAGCAUCUCCCGCGCUCACGCGCAGGGCAUGCCUCACCCAAGUGUAUUGUCGGCCUAUGGUUACUACAGCCAGGCGGCGCUGGCGUCAUCCCUGGAUUACACGACGUGA